AUGGGAGGAGUACGCGUGCAAGGACCUGUGGGUUCCAAGUUCGAAGUGGCCGAUUGGAAACGCGAAGUCGACACUCUGGAGCGGCUCCAGCAUGAUCACAUUAUCCGAGUGCGCAUGUCAUUCAUGUCACCGCGCCCAGAGAUCUCCCUCGAGUUUAUGCACGGAGGCAGCCUCUACGACCAGCACAAGGCUAGCCCCUUUACCUUCGAGGAGUGCUGCGAAAUUCUCCGCCAGUGCUUGACGGCCUUGGUGUACCUCCAUGGUCGGACCCCUCCAGUCGCCCACCGCGAUCUCAAACCCGCCAAUAUCUUGGUCCAAUCCCGCCGCCCACUGUACGUCAAGCUGGGCGAUUUCGGCGCCGCAAAGGCUGGGGCUUUUGCAACGCGUCUCGGCACUUAUGCAUGGGCUGCCCCUGAGAUGCAGCCGGAUGCGCCGCAGCGACCGUAUACCGAACGUGUGGACUUUUUUUCACUGGGUGCCACGGUUCUCGACCUUGGCUACGGGCGACCGCGCAACAAGUACGGAAAAGGAUUGAGCUAG